AACAAGCCAGUAUUGUCCUGGAUCUCGUCUCGCACGCUAUGUCCUUAGUGCAAGUCAAGGAGGAGAUCCUGUCCCGGGUCCAAGUUCAGGAUGCUUUCAAGGAGAUCCAUCAGAUCCUUCUCUACCGCAAGACUGGCAGGAUGAGUUUAGACUCUAUGUCGGCCAACGCGAUGUGCGAGAACGGGUUCGGCAGUGUUGGGGUGGGUGUGGGCUCGCUGAGCUCGCUGCAAGGGCUCGGCGGCCCCAAGAAGACCCAGGAGGACCACAUCAAGCGUCCCAUGAACGCCUUCAUGGUCUGGUCCAGGCUCCAGCGGCGCAAGAUUGCGCAGGACAACCCUAAGAUGCACAACUCUGAGAUCUCCAAGAGACUUGGAGCUGAAUGGAAACUGCUGACGGAGAACGAAAAGCGACCGUUUAUCGACGAGGCCAAGAGGCUGAGGGCCAUGCACAUGAAGGAACAUCCUGACUACAAGUACAGGCCCCGGAGGAAGCCCAAGACUUUGCGCAAGGAAGGAUAUCCCUACACCAUGCCGUACCAGUCAGUCCCCAUCGAUGCUCUAAGAGCAGGUCAGUUCACAAGAUCUGUAGGGAUGAUGUGGGGUCCUUACUACAGUCCCGCAGCGGCAUACGGGUCUCUGAGCGCAGCGAGCAUGGCGGCAGCGGCGGCGGCAGCACAGACGUCCAUGUCCGCCGGUCUAUCAGCACAAGCUCAGGUGGUGAGCAGUAUGGACGCCAUGAAGUACUCGAUGGAAGCCGCAGCUGCAGACAAGUACCGCAGCGCCUACAUGCCCCCGAGUAGCCUAGCUAUGGGGAUGUACUCCGACCCAAAAUACUUGGAUUCCACGCCCAAAACCUCUUACGGUUACCUGGACCCCGCCUUUACGAAGGCAUACUUCGAGUCAUCCAAAAUGUACAUGGAGAGUAACAAGGCGUACGGAGGCGACCUGAGCCCCAGAGGACACGGCUACUCGGCUCUGGACUUGGGGAAGCUGUAUCCAGAACAGCCGACUUCCGCUACUCAGGAGACUCAGAGGAGUCCUGCACAGACUCCGGAGGACCGUCCUGAGCGCGAGCACGAACCUUCUUCCGCCUCCUCGACAUCCUCGACUUCCCCCGGCGGCCUCCCCUGCUACUACCAACCCUCCGGGCUCCUCCCUGUGUCCCAGUACCCGGUGCCUCCGUACCACCAACCCUCCGCCUCCCAACCUACCUCCGACUUCAGGAGACCCCUUACCGUCAUCUUCUGACCUGACAAAGUCUAGGGUCUCUGCACCACGCUCUUGGACGAUAGACGCCGUUGUAUAUAGACCCCUUUGGUUUUGAUAUUAAUUUCAAUCGUGACCUUUCUGUAGACUUAAGUCCUCGUAGAACAUUUGAACAAACGUCUCAUCCGAGGUUGAACACAUUUACAAGUUAUUGCAUUUUUCAUGACUAAAUACUUUUUUGUUAUUUGAAGUAUAAUUUUCUUUUUUUUUAGAGCCAGGUUGUGGUCAACUUUUUUUGCUCUUGGCUUUACUUGUUUCCAACGUUACGAACACAUUUUUUAUAGUUUUUGUGUAGUUUUUAUUUAAUAAUUUAUGAAUUCCAUUCUUUUAUUUUAUAAUUUGAAAAAUGUUUGGGUAUACUAUUUGAAGAACAAUAAAGAGCGCCUGAAUUUAUGUUGACGUUGACUGCUCUUUGCAAAAUAAAACAGUUAUAAUACUCUCACUCUCGUGCGAUUUGUUGACUUUAUUUGUAUAAUACUAGUAGGUGUAUUAGUAACCAAUGCAAUAUUCUAAACUGAUAAACAAACUUAAUGUUUUAUUUUUCCCGCAUUGUUAAUAAGAGGCAAUGUUUUUGUUUAGUUUUCAGAAAUCUUGUUCUGUUUGGUAGCUGAACCAUUUUUUGCUUAUGUUAAUAGCGGUAGUAGUGUGUGUAUUUGUACCGGAUACGGAAACUGAUGAAUUAUAGUGCUCAAUUUAUCGCACUUUAUUUGAAAGACUACUUAGAUAUGUUAAGGAAACCAACUGUAAGUGUACUACACAGUUACAUUAUUUGAUUGUAAUUUAAACGUAGAUUCCUUAAUUUGUCGAAUUUGCUUCCAUACCUGACAUCUGUAUGUGCCAUACAUAUUUAAUUUAUGUACCAAUGUUAUUAUGAACAAAACCUAAUGUUGAUAAUUCGCCUAUAACGUUAUUUCUUUGUUAGUGGCGAGUGUGAACAACUUAACGAACAAUGUUUUUUUGUUAUUUCUAUCUGUUUCUUUUUUUACCCUCCACUCAUAAAUUGUAAGAUAGUAUUAAUAAGUAAACGUCCAUAUUUUUUAAAAUUAUUCCAUUUAAUACCACUGUCCUGUCUGAGUUAGUCCAAGUCAAAUAAAUAUGAGUUUUACAAAUAACUUUUUUAUUUUUUUAUACAAUUUCAGCUAGGAUAAUACUGUUGAAUUGUGUUUAAAAGAAAUAUUGUGACGUUUACUUUAACAAUAUUUUUUUGGAUAUAUUAAGUUGACGCAAUGGCGGAAAGUAUUCCAUUGGUUAUUCCAAUUUGAAUAUUUAAAAGUUAUUGGACUCACGUUAAAAAUAAAUUGUGCAAUAGAAAUCAUUAUUGGAGUUUGAAUAAUUAAAUUAAAAUGUGUAGUGUUUUUUAUUUUUUUUUUAAUUAAUAAACACCCUUUAAUUAGUAGGACGCAAUUAUGUAGCUCAUUGCGUGCUGACCAAUUGACGCUUUUGAUUUAGCUUUAGUAGUGUUAUUAUUUCUUCUUUUUUUAACUCUUGUUUCAUGUUCAUGAGUCAAACAGAGCUGAAUUUAUUUAGGCUGUUGUUUGUACUGUUGUGAUAUUAUUUAGCCAUGUACGUAAACCCCUGUAGAUAUUAUGUACAAAGUAUUGAGCGAUAUUUUUGUUAAUGUUUUGUUGGCCAUAUUUUUAUUAUUAAUGUUGUUGUUCCUUACUCUAGUGUUCAGACUGGUUGUCUUCUAUGUUACAUUUAGCCAACACAUUUCUCUCAUCAAUAAAUUAUGGAUUCUUUAUCGAAA